CCCCCGUUAUGUUUGAUCUCUAGAAUGUUUGGCUUGAGAUUUUCCAGAGAACACAGGAGGAGGAACAAGUUGACCUGCUGUUUUAGUGCAUUUUCCACAGGUACAACUAUUUAUUUUCCCUCUAUUUUUAUUAUUAUCAGAUUAAAGUAUCGCAACAGCAACAAGUAAUAAAAAAUAAUAAAAAAUCCCCUAUUGGAUACUGAAUGUUACACAAUGCAGGUGAAGGCAGUGACCUUUUAUUUUUGUUAAUGGAAGUUCAUUUCUGUGUGUAGUAUAUAACACUGUAUACUCUUUAAUGGUGUCAGUCCUGCAAAGAAAAGCCUUUCCUUGAAAUGUUUGCCCCGUGCCGGGAACGUUUGACUUUCUUUAUUUUCUUUCCUUUUUUUUUUUUUGCAGAGGUAAAUUAGCGUGUACGUAAUCAAUAUUUGUUUGUUCCAUUCUGUGGAAAUUACAGGUAUGUUGUACAUACUGCCAACGGGUGUCUUGCAAGUUAAGGCAUACCUUUAUUAUGAGACUAUAAAUAAACUAUUUUAUCCUUUUGGGAUGUAUUUGUGACUCAACACGUUUUUAAUCACGUCCUUUGACAGCGUUGCUACAUUUUAUGCAUUUUUGGAGAGAAAUGUUGGUGUGAAGUUAACUUCCCACUUAAGGAAAUAACCACAAGCUCAUUAAAUUUAACACGCUGCUAAUAGAAGCCAAUAAAGAGUGAUGAUCUACUGGAGACUUUUAAGGAUAGUGAGUGUCUCUAAAUUACUUAUGUCAAGUGCAUGAAUAAUCAAGUUUCAAGUUCACUUUCAGGUAUUAUCUAGCAACGUUACAUAGUGACAGUGUACAAUUUUACAGAAUUUUCUGAUACAUAGAAAUGGGGAGGUUUGUUGGUGUUAAAACAGAAUAUACCGCGCUGCCUUCCCGUGACGUGGGACACGUUUUAGAGCACGAGUCGUAUUUCUGAUAAUCAUUUCACUGAUAAUCCAAUAAACUCAAAUGGAACGACAGCAUUCUCAUCUAUAUUCUUUUCUUCUUCUUUUUUCUUUAGAAAAAUCCACUGAAACAACCAGCGUAUACAUUAUGUAAACUGUGAACUAACACAACUUCCCCACAUCGGCUGUAAUCCGACUGUAAUAAGUGCACGGUUUCUUUUUCCGAGGGUCCGUGAAGGCAGCACGCAGCAACAGCGUUCCCAAAGCGCCAUGGAGGAGACGUGCUGAUGUCUUAGCUUCGGGUCAUGGCUAAACAGUACGACGUGCUGUUCAGGCUGCUCAUGCUCGGGGACUCGGGGGUCGGGAAGACGUGCAUGCUGCGCAGGUUCACGGAGAGUUACUUUGAUUCUUCACACAUUUCCACCAUCGGAGUUGAUUUCAAAAUGAGAACACUACAGCUAGCUGGAACCAGGGUGCGGGUGCAGAUCUGGGACACCGCAGGUCAGGAACGCUAUCAGACCAUAACCAAACAGUACUACAGGCGCGCACAGGGGAUCAUCUUCGUCUACGACAUCACCAGCGAGUCGUCCUUCCAGCACCUGGUGAAGUGGGCCCGCGACGUGGACGAAUACGCCCCGGACGAGGUGCAGAAGAUCUUGGUGGGAAACAAGUCGGACGAGGAGCCCAGUAGGAAGGUAACGAAGGACCAAGGAAGCAAGCUGGCCGAGACCUAUGGGAUGGAGUUCUUUGAGACCAGUGCCUCCACCAGCGAUAACAUCAGCGAGGCCUUCACUCGCCUGUCCCAGCUGGUGCUGCGGGCUCACGAGCGCCACGUGGACCACUUGCUGGGCUCUCUGGAUGACUAUCUGGACCAGGCCGCUCUGGAAGAAGAGAAAGGCGACCCUCAGAAGGCCUGCGCCUGUUAGACGGGGGGGGGGGGGGGGGGGGG